UAAAUCUCCUUCGCCAAAACCACGCCGCCGCUUUUAGUAUGGAAGGAGGCUCGCAGGGGACCUAUCGCAGCGCUUCUUUCCGAGCGGACCUUUUGAGGACAACGGGAAGUUAGUUUACCCUCCGAGAUGGACUUCCUGUCAGGCGGGGGCCGGCUGCGCUCGGACAGCGCGGCAAGCGGCGCGUCCGCGUCGUCGUCGUCGUCGUCGUCCCGAAUGCUUCUCCGCCAGAGGCUGGCUCAGCUUCUGAGCCGCAUCGAUGACAUGAGCUCGGAGGACGAGGCCAGUGAGGAGAUGUCGCGUACGCUGGAUGACGCCUUCCAGCUCUGCUCCCGCUUCGCACCGCCCACCCACACCUUCAGGUUGCACAUGGUGACGUGGAACGUGGCCACAGCGGAGCCUCCCGAGGACGUCACUUCGUUGCUGCAGCUCGACGUGCAACCGCCCACUGAUAUUUACGUGAUUGGGCUACAGGAAGUGUGCGCCACGCCCAUCCGGUUCAUUUCCGACCUGAUCGUCGAGGACUCGUGGAGUCACAUCUUCAUGGAUACCCUGGCGCCGCGAAGCUUCGUCAAGGUGGCGUCAGUGAGGAUGCAAGGUUUGCUGCUGUUGGUGUUCGCCAAACAGUCGCACCUGCCUUACAUCCGAGACGUCCACAGCACGUACACCCGCACCGGGAUCUUUGGAUACUGGGGUAACAAAGGAGCGGUGUCGAUGCGAUUCUCCUUCUACGGCCACAAGCUGUGCUUCCUCAACUGUCACCUGGCCGCGCACAUGGGCCACGCCCUGCAGCGUGUCGACGAGUUCGAGCACAUCCUGGAGACGCAGGAGUUCGACACGGCAAACGCCCGCCGAGUGCUGGACCACAAGUUGGUAUUCUGGUUUGGAGACUUGAACUUCCGCAUCGCCGACCACGGCCUGCACUUCCUGCGCUCGUCCAUCGACAGCGGACGCCUGAACCUGCUGUGGAGCAAGGACCAGCUGCUCACCAUGAAGAAGAAGGAGGCCUUUCUGCAGGAGUUUGAGGAGGGACCCUUGGAUUUCAAACCCACCUACAAGUUCAGCCGCAACUCCGAUGCUUACGACUUGGGCGGUAAGAAGAGGAAGCCGGCCUGGACCGACCGCAUCCUGUGGCGAGUCAAGCCCCAAAACUCUGCAACAGAAGAGGACGACAGCGACACGAUGUCGACUACUGCCACGGACGACAGCCUGGAUGAGUACCCCCUGGUGGUCAACCAAGAUAAAUACACCAGUGACAUGAGCUACGGUGUUAGCGACCAUAAACCGGUCAUUGCCAGCUUCAGUCUUGAGCUGAGGAAACACUUUGACAGUCCGCUGGUUCACGUGUCCCCGGAGGGUGUCUGGAGCGCUGACCAGGACGCGCUCCUCAACUACACCGUGCAGCAGGACUUCCUGUCUUCAACGUGGGACUGGAUCGGCCUCUACAAGGUCGGCUUUAAGAGCUCGCGCGAUUACGAGACUUUUGUGUGGGUUCGAGAGGACGAGCUGCCAGAGAUUGACGAAGCCAUACAGAUCUCCGUGGAUAAGGACGACAUCCCUCUGCUGGGCGGACAAUAUGUGCUGGGCUACUACAGCACCAACAUGCAGAGCAUCAUCGGCCUCAGCGCCAACUUCCAGAUCUUGGAGUCAAAACGUGCCGUCAUGGAGGGUCUCGUACCCGAGAACAUCAACGGGCUCACCAAAUAAAAACAAGAAACUCUUGUGUCUUAGUAGCCUCAAACUUGAUUCGAUAUCAAAGCAUUGGGAUGUCAAGAAGUCUUAUCAAGUGAUUUCGGACAGAAGAAAGACUGAAAAAUAUAUGGCAUCUAAAAAAAGCCAAUAACAACUUUAAAGAUAAUGACAAGUCAGUAUAGUCCAGCGGAAAUGAUAAUUCACAUUUAGCUGUCCACGUUAAUUCAGAAAGAUGGAAUAACUGAGUUAAUAACAUGUCAUUUGGACCUAAUGGUAAAUUCUUAACACGGAAUGAUGGAGAAUAGUGAUUAUAUUCAGAAAUAAUCCUCGUCAUACUACUUUCAUUAUGAAUCAAAUUAAUGAGGCCUAUUUGUGUGGGUGUGAUGUCGUUUUGACUUUGUAUCUACUUUGUCAAUUUACGGGGCAUUAAAAGUGCUGCAAAUAGCUUGUACAUGUGCAUAAUUAAAGCAGAAACUCGGCAACUGACUCAUGUGAAAAUUGUUUUUGUUUAUUUUAUUUUUCACGUAUUAAUGAAGUCUGGCCACAUGGGCAAUUGACGGCAUUUUGGAUAUAUUGCAUCAGGUUUUUGUGAAUCUUUCAAAGAAGAUGAAAUGCCGGAAAUCAAAUUGGUUAUUUGUUAGUAUUUCGAUUGAAUAAAAUGUUGUUGAAAGUGUACAUUUCGGAAAAAAUAUGGGUUUUUAU